AUGGCACCACGUCGUCGCGACUCGUUCACACCAGGACAAGGCUUCCUCGAUGAUACCACAGUCAGUACAGCCAUCUCCCGCAGGCCGCCGGGGUCAAUCUACAGAGCCCCCUUGCGGAACAGCCACUCAUUCUCGGCUUUCCCCGCCUCUGUUUCUCUAGAACACCUACCGCCCUUCCUCCUCUUCUUCCUCCUCCUCCUCCUCCUCCUCAGCCUCACGAACCAAGUCCUUGACCCAGGCCAGGCUCUUCGGGAUGCACAAAGCCGCGAUCAUCACACCUCGAGCAACAUCCGCGGCCCGCGCCUCUCGUUCGACGACGACCCGCACGAGAAUGACGACGACAACGAGAUGAUGAUGUUGGGCGAAGAGGCGAGGAGGAAGAAGAAUAGGGUUUGGACAGGGGGCAGGGCACAGUUGGAUUUGGUGCCGUUGCGGGAUUGGGAGGAAGAUCAAGCAAGGGAAGAGAAGGAGAGGGAUAAGGGAUGGAGCUCGGCGACAGCGGCGGUGGAGGCUGAGAGCAAGGGAAAGAAGUCACUCGAGAUGUUGGGUGACGAGGAAAACGUGGAGAUCCGACACCGUGUGCAACACUCUACACAGUCUCGACUCGACCGCCCCAUGUCCGCCUCACCUUCCGACCCGGAGACCGAAAACGACGAGCCGUUCCCUCUGUCUGCGCGAUCCAAGCCUCGGAUGAUCGAAUCCCAACCUUCCUUUGCCGACUCGAGCGAAUCCGACGCUGGGGAAUACCUGCAACAAUGUCUCGUAGGAGGAAGAGGGGACGAGCUCGUCCCGUCCUCGAGUCCGGAUGCGAAGGUUCUCGUUUGCGAUUCCGACGAAGAAACGCUUGAUCGAUUGGCGUAUCAAUUUGGAAGGGGAGGCGUCGACGAUUCGGGCUUUGCGGAGUACAAUGAUGAUGGGGAGGAAGAUGGAGGAUGUGAAGAAAGGGGAGAUGUGGGAAUGAUCCUUCCGAGUUCUCAACCCCGGUUGGACGAGGUGACGACCUUGGAACCGGAGAAGAGGAAGGCCGUCGGGUUGGAGAGGAGCGAGUCGUCGAUACUUAUGCCGCCCCCUCCAGUACCAGUUCGUCAACAAGCUCGACAAGUCGUCAAAAUGGAGGAGGUACCGCCACCUCAAGCCAGGGACGAAGUUUCUUUCGACGAGAUCGAAACUCAAUGGGCUGUCCACUCGCCGAUCAAGUCCCGACCCACCGCGACGCACGAGACAAUCCCUAAUCGACCCUCGACAUGGUCCUCUCUCGACGCAGCAUGGCAAGGAGCACGGCCCCUGACACCUCCUCCGCCACCUGAACCAAGACAAGCGAAUUUGCUCGAGUUCUUCUCUAAGACUCACGAGGCGAGAGGGGACGAAGGGGAGGAGGAUCAAGAGAACUGGAUCAUUGAGGACUCACAACCUGGUUUGUCGAUACCUUUGGGUCAGCAUGAAAUGAGGGCUUUUCAAGCUGCGUUGAUCACGACGCGUGAGAUGGGGAAGAAGAAGAUCCGAGGCGGGAACGGAUUGGGAGGGAUUGAGGAAGAAGAAGAUAUUGAGGAGGCGGAGGAAGAGGUCGAUGAGGUCGAGGUGCCCUCUUCGGAUCAGGAGGAUGGGCCUUGGUCACCUUUAGGAUCGCCUGUCAGGAUGAGGUUCCCUGGAUCGGGGAUUGCCAAGGAAACGGAGAUGGUGCAGCUGGAUGCCGUGGAAGAGGAGGACGGAAAGGAUGUUAGGGGAGACGAUGAUGCCGAGAGUGUUCCCGAAGCAGAAGAAUUAGGAGACGAUUCAAUGGACUUCCUCCCCCCUCUCCCCUCGUUCCCGCCAUCGAGUCAGAUGUCGUCGACUCAGAGGGAUCGGAUCAAGAGUCGGGAAGGUAGCGGCGAGAUGGAAGAAGCGGAACGGGAGGAGACGCAGUGGGAAAGUUAUUGGACGGUGGAGGCGGUCGAACCGUCGCCCUUUCAUGCGUUGAUGGAUGAUGAUGAAGAAGAGGACGAGAACGUGUAG